AUGGCGUACACCCACUCGCACAUCAUGGCAUCAAGACGACAUCCGCCUAGUAGAGUCAUAAUCGAACUGGAUGAGUACAGCUCAAACCCGACACAGGCAUUCACAUUCUAUAAUAUUAACCAAGGACGUUUUCAACCACCACAUGUGCAAAUGGUGGAUCCUGUACCCCAUGAUGCCCCCAAACCACCUGGCUACACCCGAUUUGUCUGUAUUUCCGACACCCACUCAAGAACUGAUCUCAUCCAGAUGCCAUAUGGGGACGUUUUAAUACAUGCCGGAGAUUUUACAGAGCUUGGAUUGCCUAGUGAAGUGAAAAAAUUUAACGACUGGCUGGGAAGUCUUCCAUACGAAUAUAAGAUUGUCAUAGCAGGAAAUCAUGAGCUGACAUUUGACCAUGAGUUUAUGGCGGACUUAAUCAAACAAGACUUCUAUUAUUUUCCUUCUGUAUCCAAGUUGAAGCCAGAGAAUUAUGAGAAUGUCCAAUCGCUGCUCACAAACUGUAUCUAUCUUCAAGAUUCUGAGGUGACAGUGCGAGGAUUCCGAAUAUAUGGCUCCCCAUGGCAACCUUGGUUUUAUGGCUGGGGAUUUAACCUUCCUCGGGGGCAGGCCUUACUAGAUAAAUGGAACCUUAUACCAGAAGGCACAGACAUACUUAUAACACAUGGACCACCCCUGGGAUUUUUAGACUGGGUGCCAAAAAAAUUACAACGGGUGGGCUGCGUGGAGCUGCUAAACACAGUGCAGAGAAGAGUACAGCCAAGACUGCAUGUGUUUGGUCACAUCCAUGAAGGCUAUGGAGUAAUGGCAGAUGGGACCACUACAUACGUCAAUUCCUCAGUAUGUACUGUGAAUUAUCAGCCGGUUAAUCCUCCUAUAGUAAUUGAUUUGCCAAAUCCAAGGAACACGUGA